AAGGCUCUCGUGUCUGCAACAAUGAUACAACACCUAUAUGUGUAUAGGAAUGCUUGUGUCUUGCAGAAUAUCGGCCACAUUGUCCUACACCAUAAUACAACAUCUAUAAUACAACCCCUUUGCCAUUUUCAUUCUUCUCGUUAAAGGCUCUUGUGUCUGCAACACCUUAAUGGCAACACAACAUAAUACAAAAUUCCUUCUUCACAAGAAGGAUGUCGUGCUUGUUAUGCCUGCAGAACCAACGCCGUCAGCAGUUCUUUCUUUGUCCACAAUAGACAAUGACUACAAUAUUGAGCUUCUCUGCCAGACCCUUUACGUCUACCAAGCGAAUAUCAGUUCCUAUAAAAGCAAGAACCAUGAUGAAAUUGGCAAAGCACAAUUGCAGCAAGAGCCAGCUUUAAUAGUGAAAGAAGCCCUUUCAAAGGCUUUAGUACACUUCUAUCCCCUGGCUGGAAAGCUGAAGAGGCAGGCUGAUGGAAGGCUUCAAAUUACAUGCAAUGGGGACGGUGUCCCGUUCUUGGAGGCGACUGCCGAUUGCCAUCUUUCAUCGCUCAACUAUUUUGAUGGUAUUGAUGUUGAAACUGGCAAGAAAUUUGUCUUUGAUUGGUCGACUGAUAGUGAAUAUGGCUAUCAUCCACUGGUCCUUCAGGUGACAAAAUUUUCUUGUGGCGGAUUCACCAUUGGCAUGGGAUUGUCACAUUCAGUGUGUGAUGGUUUCGGGGCAGCUCUCUUCUUUCGAACAAUGAGCGAGCUAGCAGGCGGAAAGACUGCGCCAACCGUAAAACCUGUGUGGGAAAGGGAAAGGCUCGUGGGGAAGCCUAGCGAUCAAGAACAAGUUCCAACUUUCGACAAAGUCUCCUUCGCCAUUUCGCCAUUUAUUCCCACUGAUAAAAUUUCUCAUGCGUGUUUCAACUUAGAUAGUGAGAGUAUACGAAAACUGAAAUUGGAUCUAGUUCAGGAAUGUGAUCAUGAAAUUCCAAAAGAAAGCUUCACCACGCUUGAGGUUCUUGGUGCUUACGUUUGGAGGUCUAGAUAUAGAGCUCUAAACCAUAAUCCCGAUGGAAAAACCAUGUUUUGUUUAGCUAUAGGGAUGAGAAACUUCAUAAAUCCACCGUUGCCUGCUGGAUAUUAUGGUAAUGCCUUCGUAUCUGGAAAUGUUGAGCUUUUAGGAAGGGAUUUAGAUCACGGACCACUAUCUAAAGUUGCCAAGUUAAUAAAGGAGAGCAAAAGAAUUGCUUCCAGUAAUGAGUACGUAUGUCGUACAUUGAACAUGCUCGAGAAACUUAAUCGGCAAAAAAUGAAGAUUGAAACCUAUGGUGCUUCUCUAGUACUGACUGAUUGGAGACAACUGGGAUUGCUGGAAGAGGAGGAUUUUGGGUGGAAGGAAUCUGUGAAUAUGGUGCCACUCCCUUGGAACAUGUUCGGGUACGUGGAUUUGUGCAUUUUCAUGCCUCCUUGCAGAAUUAAUGCUUCCAUGAAAGGAGGAGUGAGGAUACUCGUCGCCCUUCCUGAAGCUGCAAUGAACAGGUUUGAAGAAGAGAUGGCUGCUCUGAAGAUCAUCUCGGAUCAACAUUGACGGGUGAUGAGAAAUAAAGCAGCGCAGCUUGUUUAUUCUUGCAUUCAUGAUUUGCCUUUAUCUUUCUUUCUUCUUUUUUUUUUUCCUUCCGGUCUAGAGGGGUAUCCCGGAAUUAUCCAAAUUAAUCCUCCAAGUUAGACAGAACUCGCCCUAAAGAUGCCAGUAACGAUAGCAAGUGGGGUCAAACCUGAGAUCUUACUGUAAAGACAGACGAUCAGUCCCAAUCGAACUACCCAAUGGGGGCUUCGAUUUGCCUUUAUCGUUUGAUGGUUAUUUGAUGUUAAUUUUAUG